AUGAAACACUUGGGUCCUGCGGUGAGUAUCUAUGAGAAUGUGAAAUCCGUGGCAGAGCAAACAAGGUCUGCAACUGGUGACAUCCAUCGCCCAGUCAUUGAAGUGGUCAAAGAGGAUGUAGAAGCUUUGGGGUACCGCUUUCGGGCCCCAGAGGCUGCAACCAAUGUGGUCACGUGCGUGUCUCCAACCCACGAUGUGUACUCCAACUUGCUGCAAAGGUUUUUGAAACCAGAAGAAUUCCUUUGGGCACAGGGGAUUUGGCGUGCAGACGCAGAGAACCCGGUGGCAUAUGAUGAGAUGAUAUCAAGUGGACUGGCGCAAGACCUUGCAGGCAAUUCUUUCACGAGCACAGUGGUGCAGGCCAUCGUUUUGUCAUCCUUUGUUUCCUGUGAUUGCUGGUUCCAUAUUGAGCUGGAAAAGGUGAAAUCGAAAACCACCGAUACCAACAAGAUCCAGGUAGAGCUUCAGCAAGAUGACAAGCAAGCCGCGACUGGUGCUGGAGGCCAGCUGAAGGAUGUGAAGGUCAAGCUUGAAGCCAUUGACAGUCCUGGCAUUUCACCCCAGAAAGAAGAGAAGCUGAAGGCUGUGAGGAGCAAGCUGAUGGCGUUUUCUGAAGGCGAUGGAGCCAAAUUGGUUGAGAGGCCUUCCAAUCUACCCCAAGCAGAUGAACAGCAAAGGGGGGUGAAGCGCAAGGUGAGGGAUGUCAGUGAAGCCAAAUUGGGUCACCGCCGCGGCAGUCCAGAACUGACGGAUCAGCAACUGGCUGAAUGCAAGACGUCUGAUGGUGAUCAACUUGUUCAACAACCUGCUGAUGAACAGAAAGUUGUGAGACGACGUUUGCUGCAGAAGAACAAUGGCCUUGAAACCAUCAAGCAGCAGGACGAGGAGCUUGCAGCUAUGACGCCUUCUCGCCUCAACCACUUCUUCCAGGAGUUGGCAGACAAUUCAGAUGAACUGCUUCAGCCUAUCAACCUAGACCUGAAUGAUGCUGCUCUCUUGAAGAAGGCUCAGCGCCUGUGCCACAAGUUCGACAUCCGGUAUCGCAGCAAUGAGAAACCAGGCCUUCACCUUCCGUUCACCCACCCCUCCUUAGAGAGGGUGCGGACAUAUGUGAGCUUGGCUGUAAAGGAGAAAGUGAUUCAUCCUCGUCUGAUAGCCAACUAUGAUCAAGUCUGGAGCACCAACUAUAGACCAGCAAAGCGCGUGCUGCAGAAGCCUGGUGGUGCUAGAGGCCUUUUGCGAGAUCCUUUGAGCAAAUCCUUGGCAAUGCGCCGCAUCAGGCACAACAUCGAAAGAUGCCUGAACAUGGACCUGACUGAAGAGGAUCCUGCUUCUACUUCUGUGGAGGAACCUUCGAGCAAUGGCUUGCACCAAAUCACUGGUGGUAGCGCUGGUGUUGCUCCAGUGGAUGAGUGGAGGCUUCCUCGCACGGUGACAACAAUAUCAUUCGUGGACGGACAUGUCUCUAGGGCGUAUGUCACGCUGCGGUCUGGAACCAUGCCAGAAAGCACUCGGAAGCGCAUCAACCAGCAGUUGGACAAAUAUCUGUUCAUCGAGCAGCAGCAGGUUACCAGUCAUAUUUGGAACGAGGCCACCCAAAUCAAGUUCCUAGACUUCCUUGCCAAGGAGGUCAGAACACGGAGGAAGAUGCUGGGAUUGGAUGCAACGGCAAGGGCCCUGGUACUUCUAGACCAGGCUGGCGCGCAUAUGUCCAGAAAGUAUGAGCGCAUCCAGGAACAGUGGAGCCGCCAACACAACAUUGAACUGAUGGGUGGCCGUAGCGCAGUGCCAGUGCCCGGUGGAUUUGGGGCCAGUGGUGGCCCGAAUGAUGGGUGGCACCAGUGGCUACAUGCUCUGACAAAGUCCUAUUUGAGGCUGGCUGUUGGAUGGAGCUCCUUUCCUCAGCUUCGAACAAGACUGGAUGAGCUUCAGAUGGGCCUUCAAAGUCAGCCAAGUACCAAGCAACUUGGCGGCGUAGGUUUAAUCGCUGAGCUGUUGGCCUUGUCUUGGUUGGAUUGUCUUUUGAAAAGCAGGCUCACCAUUAUGUUCUAA